AACAUGCCGGAUGUCGGUGCAGCCUCAUGAUCAUCUUACUCUCUGUUUUUCAUGACAAGCUGCUUCCUCCUGCAACACAGUGUGACAGGAUCAGAGCAGAAGAUGUGUCUAGUCUCUUGAGAAGUGCUCCUCUGAUGUUAGAGAGGACAGUAGGCGCUGUGAGCAGCCGCUGAUAAUGAUGAUGAGAGGUUAUUUCCAGAGAUGUACCGCGGCUGCUGCUGCACACCUCCGGUAACUGCUGCUGGGAAACCGGGGCUUUCUUCUGCGGAAAGUUUUUCUCCUCGGAUGGAAGAAGUUUUGAGACAAGGCGGUUGCCACGGCGGGGCUGUUUUGUGAUAAUGGAGGAAACCGGCCUCUGAGUGACACAAUGUCUUUCGGGGAGCUCAUCGAGCUCCGUGACCUGAGGUUGGACAGGGCAGAGCAGAUAAGGCUGACGGACGGCACACUAUCGCCCUGCUCGCCUCCACGCCUGGAGAGAGCCAACGCCCUGAGGAUCAGCCCGGGGAAGGUCCCGGACCUGCUCAGCCGGGUGGGCAUCAUCAGAGUCCUGAGCAGCACCCAGGACCCCCAGCUCACUGAGGAGAAGGGAGAGGGACACAACUUCCAGCCCUGCAGCCACGCUCAGCCCACGUGGUGUGACCUGUGUGGAGACUUCAUCUGGGGCUUGUACAAGCAGAGCCUGCGCUGUGUCAAUUGUAGAUUCACGUGCCACUACCGCUGUCGUGCCCUGAUCCGGUUGGACUGCAGCUGGGACCGAGGCUCCGUGUCCGACCACACAUGCGUUGUGGAGCACACCAUAGAAACAGACACAAAUGUGGAUGAACAGAUUGAAUGGGGAAAGCAGGAGUUGACAACUGCAGAUAUCCAGCAGAAGGUGAAGGAAUACAAUGCUCAAAUCAACAGCAACCUGUUCAUGAACAUGAACAAGGAUGGAUCCUACACUGGCUUCAUAAAGGUGCAGUUCAAGUUGGCGCGACCUGUGUCGGUUCCACCUCCAAAGAAAGGAAGUCACGAUGCUGCUGGAGGGAAGAAGGGCAGCGGAGUGAAGCGCCGCACCUCUUUCUACCUGCCAAAGGACGCAUCCAAGCACCUGCACAUAAGCUCACGCACCUCGGCUCGCGAGGUCAUCGAGGCUUUGUUGAAAAAGUUCACCGUGGUGGACAAUCCUGGCAAGUUCGCUCUGUUUGAGCGCACCGAGCGUCACGAGCAAGUUUAUGUUCGCAAGGUGUCUGAUAAUGAGCGUCCCCUCCGGCUGCGUCUGAAUGCCGGGCCCAAUGAGAAAGUCCUCAGCUAUGUUCUGAAGGAGAAUGAAACUGGAGAAGUCAACUGGCAUGCCUUCUCCAUGCCCGAGUUGAAGAACUUCGUGCGCAUGCUGCAGCGCGAAGAAGAGGAGCACGUCAAGCAGAUAGUGCAGCGGUACGCUAUAGCCCGCGCUAAGAUGCGGGACGCUCUGGCUGGCUCAACCCCCGGCUGAGACGACUCUGCGUUCGUGGGGUUAAACGUGCAACUCUUGGCUGGAAAAUCAUCUGGAAGAUGACCAGUCAUCGCUGCAUCCAAAGAUCCCAGAUAAUGCAACUCAAAACACCUCUUGGGUGAACGAGAGAGUGAGACAGGGCGCAAGACAAUGAGAGAGAGCUAGCGCGAAUGUGCGUGUGAAAUGAUGCGAGAGAUGAGAAGUGCCUUACACCUGGAGAGUCUGAUGUGCCUGAUGUGCCUGAGAGAAUUGAGUUGAGAGAAGCGACACUGGCAGAUGAGACGCUGGUUGUAUCCAGUAAUUGCUACUGGGUACCAUCUGAUUAUCCCGUGUACCUCAGCUGUGUCACUUUAACUUUAAAGAAAAUGUCAGUGAAGGUUUUGGCAUUUUUAGGUAUAAAAAAAAUAUGCUUAUUAUACAUUUGUAGAUGAGGUGCUAAAGUCGAGCCCUGAGUAGUAAUUGAGCUGAUAAUCCAUACUUGCCAACCCUUCCGAUUUUCCCGGCAUACUCCCCUUUUUCAUUGCCCUCUCCCGGUUUCCUCCCGGGGGUCCCAAUUCUUCCACAUUUCUCCCGAUUUAUGGUAAUUUUUCACACCUUUUUUUUCCCUUUUUCCGCUAUCUCAAUUUGUUUCUGGCACUGUACAGCGUGUACAGGCUUUGAGCUGUGCUCGCUGCACAUCAAAGCAUCACAGCAAAGCCGGCGCAAAGCUAGCGCAAGCCAUUGGAAAUAACGUGUUUCAGAGCGCAGUGGUGCGUCUGAAAGGGCCUUCAGUGAGUGAGAGAAGGAGAGGGAGAUGGAGAGCUCUAAGAGAAGGAAAUACUCACGCG